UUUGGCGGAGAGCUGAGAGGCAGGUGGCACUUGGACGAAACGAUUUUCCACAUCACCAACCGCAUAUCGGUAAUUGUUUCUGUGCAUUGUUGUUGCUGUUUGUGCAGCAAACAUGUUGGCACAGUGCGCUCGUCGGCCCCUUGGCUUGGCAGUUCGGCCUUCCCUCGUUCGAGCUGCUGGAUCUGCUGCUGCGACAGCCACCGAGGAAGCACCGACUCAGGUUGCUCCACAGCGAAAAUAUGAGUUUGAGCUCUUGCCCUAUGUAAAAAAAGGAUUUUUUGGCAGCCAACUGAGUGAGUUCAUGGGCGAACGCCUGGGUGUUACGGGAAGCUGGACUCUUGGAUUUGGUUUGACGGCUUACCUUUGGUCCAAGGAAUGGAUUCUGUACAACGGCGAAACGUGUUUAAUCAUUCCACAGCUUGGUGUACUCUACGUCUGUGUCAGCAAGCUUGCUGGCGUUACAUCUGAUGGUGCUGAGAAGGCUAAUACACACAUUUUCAAUCGCCUGUACAACCGCAAGGCCGCGGUAGCAGACAUCUUGGAAACUGGCAUUACGGCAGCCAAUGAUGUCGAGGCAGAGGUGUCGGUACGCACAGACGUGUUCGACAUGCUCCGCACCAACGCCUCAAUGUACCGAGACACGCUGUACCGCGAGAGAGUCUCCGCCGUACACAACGAGGUCAUGAAGCGCCUUCAGCACCAGGCUGAGCUAGAGGCUGCAAGACGACGCAUUAAGCAGGCACACAUGAUCACCUGGAUUCAACGCGAGGUGGUGAAGGAUGUUGCAACCUCACUGGAUCAAAAAGCAAUGAUGAAGUCGUGUCUGGAUGAGCUCGACAGUGCCGUCAAGGCUGCACGCCAGUGAGUGUCUUCUUUCUACAAACACAUUUUUUUUAUUCUGCAACGCCAAAGGAGUAUUAAUUUGACAAUGAAACCAAUGCGCAUGUGUGGUUGUGAGCGGGUGAGUGUGCGUAGUGUGAAGAGCAUAUCGUAAUGAUAAUAUUAAUGAUAAACUGCCACUGAUUGUUGA